AUGGGAGCGCACGAUGUGGACUUGAGUUGGAAAAAAAAUGAUGAUGAUGAUGAUGAUGAUGAUGAUGAUGAUGAUGAUGAUGAUGAUGAUGAUGAUGAUGAUGAUGAUGAUGAUGAUGAUGAUGAUGAUGAUGAUGAUGAUGAUGAUGAUGAUGAUGAUGAUGAUGAUGAUGAUGAUGAUGAUGAUGAUGAUGAUGAUGAUGAUGAUGAUGAUGAUGAUGAUGAUGAUGAUGAUGAUGAUGAUGAUGAUGAUGAUGAUGAUGAUGAUGAUGAUGAUGAUGAUGAUGAUGAUGAUGAUGAUGAUGAUGAUGAUGAUGAUGAUGAUGAUGAUGAUGAUGAUGAUGAUGAUGAUGAUGAUGAUGAUGAUGAUGAUGAUGAUGAUGAUGAUGAUGAUGAUGAUGAUGAUGAUGAUGAUGAUGAUGAUGAUGAUGAUGAUGAUUGA